AUGUAUCUCCACCUCUCGCCGUGCCUUGGGGACGUCCCUCAGCACUUUCAGAGCAAAUAUUUGCUUGGUUUCAAUCUUCUCGCACUCAAUUACUUUGCCGUUAACCCCAAUUCCAAGUACAUUACUUCCCAACUGAUAGUCCCUCUCAAUCGGGUAGGUUUUGAAAGACACCAUUGUCUGAAAAGCGACAAAUUACUCAAAUGUAGACUUUAUCCAAGCAAAGCUAGGUAAGAACGACCCCAUCCAACAAAAAAGAAACUAAACGACCCCAUCCGGGCCACGCCAACAAAGCUAAGACAGGUGUAAAACAAUUUCAGGAUGGAAACGCACACAAAUACGGCCGCAUUCUGAUAAAAAAGAGCCACAGAUGGGUGGAGCAACGGGGCCGACUGGAAGGGCCGCUUUUGGCUCGGUCUUCGUCUUCUCACACGUCACCUAUCUCUUCCUUCUGCUCACUCCUUCUACAUCAAAACAAACACAAGGCGUCAUCGACAGUCAAUAAAUGCGAAUCCCAACAAUCUUAUCAAACCGCCUUCAAAAACGGCUACACCGUCACAAAGAAGCCGGAUUCAUUAUCGAAAAAAGAAAGAAACAGAAGGAAGAGACGCCCAAUCUAUUUCUGUCGUUGUCUUUUUGCCAUUCGGCCCUCAGGCUUUAUUAGGGCUUGGUUCCAGAAAUUCUUCAGCGUUCACUCCGCCAUAGCUGCAGACCACGAAGAACAAAACUCUGUGUUUUAA